CUUAGGAAUCAAAACUUUUUGGAAUCCGUUAGCCGAUCGAUUUGGGGUCUAGCAUUAACAUUAUGCCUACAUGGAUAUACAAUAAACUAGACCUUGGGCCACUCAUACCUACUACGAUGCAGAUUGAGUUAGCCACAGAACAGACUAUCAUUGAUGUAAGUGGAAGCAAGAUCACCUUAAGGUUUGGUGAAAAGGAGAUAAGCUACAAGAUGACUCCAAUCCCCAACUUGCACAAAUACCUCAAACGGGACGAUGUCAAGAUGGAUUGUGAGCCGGUCACACCUCCUACCACACUGGCUUCAAGCCCCGAGAUAGAAUGGUUCAAUAUGGUAUCCCAUAUUGACCCCCAUGAUAGUAAAGUUGAAGUUGCAAGUGACUCUUGCAAAACUAUGAGGAGACCGGGUGAGGAGAAGUUUCAUUAUAAAAAGGAAACUCAAGAGUUGAUUAAAGUUUCUCAUCAAGUCAAUGAUCAUAGAAGGAAACUCAAAAGGUUCGUCUUUGAAGAGAGAUAUCCCAAGAAAGGACGUCGGAUGGUGAAGAACAACCUAGCUCCUAUAUUCGAAGGUGAAGAAUUCGGGGAAUGCUAUAAGCCAUUCAGGGAUAAUGUCAUUUCUACAAGGAAGAUUGGUUCCUUCAAUCAUACACAUCAACCUUCGAAUGGAUCCGUCCUAUCUCAAGCACCGGAUGAUGCAUCCGAGAGACUCCAUGGUCUUCACCUGGGACUUCACCAUAAGUAUGAUUUCUACGUAGAAUCAUCGGUGAAUGGUGGAGAUCUUUCCUUUUGAUCUUAAGGAGUCAAGUCCGGCGAAAAUACUAUUAAAGACACGCUUGUUUGGAGGCAAACCAACAACUCGGUUUGCGUAUCUUUUCCUUUUCUUUUUGAAUAAUUGCCUAGGUAGUAUAUUAGAGAUACAUCGAGAAUGAUUUAUAUAACUUAGUCCUUGUUUUCGAAUGUUUGAAUGAUUUGGAUGGAUGAUUAGGCUUAGGGAAUUGGAGGAAUUAUGUUGUCCUAAACAAGGCAAAGAUAGCAGUUAACAUACUUAAGAUCGCAGUAGCGAUCUUGAGUCUUCAGCCCGCCAUCUUGUUUGUGCUUAUUUAAAGGGGGAACUCACAUUUCACCCAUGUAUGUUAGUCAUCUUAUCUUUUUAGAUCUACAAGCCAUGUUUCUCCACUCCUCUUAGCUUGAUGAGCAUACCUACUCUAUUCUCAAUUUUCAUCAUAGUUCGAGGAGGAUUUUUAAUUGCUUUUGGAUUCUGAACAUGUCUCCUAGCAAGACAAGGUACAUUUUCCCGUGUUCCAUAUUUUAGUCACCUUAUCUUGCUCAACAUGUGUUGAAUGCUUGACAUCUUGAAUGCCCAUUUUCAUUUUGGCUUGACAUUUGUAUGGCAUUGGAUUGCUUUUCUUCUCUUUAAUGCGCUUGCUAUGUAUUUUGUGAGACCUUGGUGAGCAAUUUUUAUGCAUUUCUUUUGUUUUCAAAAACCGCCUACCAAAUGUUUGUAAAAAGUCCCCAACUACAUAGGCUUCAUUCUUUACAAUCAUAUUCAUUGAGCAUCAAAUUCUUUGCAUGGGUUAACUUAUACUACUUGAUUCUGCAUUGAUUUGGGAGAUCCCAUUGUUCAUUAUCUUGGAACUAUCUCUACAUCUAAGUUUCCUCACUUUCCCAUGUCUUAGUCGCACUCAAGCUUGGGGGGAAACUUAGAGGCCUUAUGAUAGUUCAUUGCAAAACUACCCUUAUGAUAUGCGAGGUUUGGAUUGAUGGUUUGUGCAUUGUGUACUACUUGUUUUGAAGGAUAAAAUACAAGACUAAGGAAAUGGCUCAUGGUGAGACUUCCUCUUCUCGUACCUCUCACCCUCAAUAAGGCCACCGGAUGAAGACAAGGAAAUCCAAAUCAAGGGAAGUAGUUGUUGAAGACCCACAUCCACCAUCAUCUAUUCCACAUAUAUCGAGGGAACUUCAUCAAGAUAAUCAAGUCAAUGACGGAGGCGGCAUAGAGCACAUUACUCAUUACUUUUGGAAUAUGUCCCGAGCAAUUCAAGAUCAAACUUCUGUGGCUUCAAGGAUUACGCUUAGGCGAGAGUUCAUGUCUCAACGGGAUACUCCUCGCACAAAUUUGGAUUGAGGAUGCAAUCCGUUCUAAAGUACAGAAGUUGGAAUGGCUUAAGUUGCUCUCUAUCCAAGAAAUAGUUAAAUGGUGC